AUGUCCAGCAUAUACAACACUGAGCCGCAGCCAACGGCUUCGGUGAUCCUUCACACGAACCAUGGCGACCUGUCAGUCGAAUUGUUCGCGAAGCAGACCCCUCUGACCUGCCGCAACUUUCUACAGCACUGCUUGGAUGGUUACUACGACAACACAAUAUUCCACCGCCUGGUUCCUGGCUUUAUUCUUCAAGGUGGCGAUCCGACGGGCACCGGCAAUGGGGGCGAGUCGAUCUACGAUGGCGGAGCCUUCAGUGGUGAUCUGGACCCAUGGCCGAUGGACCAGCGGAGAGGGAAGAACGCCGGGCCGCAAGGCGUGAACUUCAAGGACGAAUUCCACACGCGUUUAAAAUUCAAUCGUCGCGGGCUGCUGGGAAUGGCAAACGAGAGUCGAACCGAUACGAAUGGCAGCCAAUUCUUCUUUACGCUGGACAAGACCGACGAGCUCGAUGGCAAGAAUACCAUGUUUGGACGAGUGGCUGGCGACACCAUCUACAAUCUGGCAAAAAUGGGCGAGGCCGAAGUGGAAGAAGGAGGCGAGCGACCCAUUUAUCCAACAAAGAUUACGGGGGUGGAGAUCCUCGUCAAUCCUUUCGAGGACAUGAAGAAGAGGGAACGCAUUGCCCAACGUACUACACGGCCGGCUGUCACCGAGAAGAAGAAGGACAAGAAAAGGAAAGGGGGGAAGCAGUUGCUAAGCUUCGGCGAUGAAGAGGGCGAGGGCGACACACAGCCUCUUCCAAAGAAGCCAAAGUUUGAUACAAGAAUCGUGAUGGACGUCGAAGAGCCCGAGCCUCAAGUCAAGCUGGCAAAGGCGGCCAAGAAAGGAAAAGAGGCGAAAGCUUCCAAGGCCAUCGUUCCAAUCAUGGAGGCGCCUGGCAGAGAAGCAACCCCACCUGGGCCAUCACCUCCUCCGCAAGUUGUUCGGAAGUCAUCGACAAAAGCAGUACAAAAGACCGAGGACGAGUCUUCACCGGAGCCAGAGGCGAAAGAGAAGUCUGAGCUUGAGCGGACGAAUGAGGAAAUAGCUGCACUGAAAGCGUCCAUGAAAAGGACAGUCCAUUCGGAGCCUGUAAAAGAGGGAAAGAAGAACUCGGCUUUGGAGCAGAUGAUACCAGAGACAUCCACACGAGGACGCAAGAGGAGACCUGGGGCAAGCCAGAACCCUACGGCUGCAGAGGAACAAAAGGCCUUGAGCUUCCUCAAAGCGUUCCAGUCAAAAUUAGACCAAGCGCCGCCGGAGAAGGCAGCAGCAGCAGAACUGCCAGCUCCAGGGGAUGGCGAGGACAAGGCGGCGGAUGAUGCUGGGGAAGAUGAGGUCUGCGAUCUACAUUUUAUCGCCAACUGCCAAUCCUGCAAGGCAUGGGACAAGGCUGAAGGCGAGGGCGACAGCGACGAUGAAGGCUGGAUGUCCCAUUCGCUCAGCUUUGCUGCAGACAAACUUGGCAAAGAUCUGAGUUAUCGCAAAAAGGCGGAGGACGAGUUGAUCGUGAUCGACCCACUGGCAAAAGCACGCAGCAUACAGGCGGAGAGGAAGGCGGAGAAGGGGAGCGAGGGCCGGAGCGGAAAGUCCGGGCGUGCAUGGGGCGACCUGGCACGCAACGCCCAAAUGUCACGGACGGCCUCCCUGGCCGGGAGAGGAGCAAAGUAA